AACGAAUGACUAGAACCAUGGCAUACAAGGGAAUAUAACCUAGUGGGUUGUACUCUUUAAGGCACAACCUUGUGAGAUAUCCCAGUGGAGACACUCGCACGAUUCGAGAAGGACGUGAAGCGAACCGACACCGGGUUCCUGGCGAUAGCAACAGAGGUGGAAACCGACGGAGAGAAGACAGCGGAACCUCCAGGAAAAAUCAAGGAAUUACUAAAGGAGUUCCAAGACAUUCUCCCCGACGACCUCCCGAACGAGCUACCGCCAUACCGAACACACCAACAUGAGAUCGUGGAGGAACCAGGUUCGAAGCCGACCUUCCGAGCACCAUAUCGGCUCAGCCCGACCGAGCUAGCCGACAUGAAAAAGCAGAUCGAGUAUCUCCUCGCCAAAGGGCUCAUCCGACCAUCCACUUCGCCAUACGGUGCCCCAGUACUCUUCACACCGAAACCGGACGGGAGCCUGCGCAUGUGCAUCGACUACCGAGCUCUCAACAAGCAGACCAUCAAGAAUAAGUAUCCUAUACCACGAAUCGAUGACCUGCUUGACCAGCUUCGGGGAGCUACGGUAUUUUCCAAACUGGAUUUGCGAUCUGGAUACUGGCAGAUACGGAUGGCGGACAACUCUAUCCAUAAAACUGCUUUCCGAACUCGGUACGGAUCGUACGAGUAUUUGGUCAUGCCGUUCGGACUCACCAACGCACCGGCAACAUUCCAAGCUGAGAUGAACCGCAUCCUACGCCCACUUUUGGACGAGUGCGUGGUAGUAUACCUGGACGCCAUCCUCAUCUACUCGCGCGACAUGAAGCAGCACGUCGAACACCUACGACGCAAACACCAAGAAGCCAUGGAGGAGCUCAAACAAGCACUCACGUCCGCACCAGUACUUAUCUUGCCAGACCCCGAACACGACUACGCUAUCGAAGCUGACGCCAGCGACCAGGCAGUGGGAGCAGUCUUGAUGCAAGACCAAGGGAAUGGACUGCAACCAAUCGCCUACCUCAGUAAGAAACUGCAUGGGGCAGAACUGAACUACCCGAUACACGACAAAGAGGCCCUGGCUAUCAUCAUCGCCUUCAAAACGUGGAGAUGCUAUCUCGAAGGACGCAAGACAACAGCCUACACCGACCAUUGCAGCCAAAAAUAUUUGAAGACGCAACCAAACCUCUCCAGGCGACAGGUUCGGUGGAUCGACUUCCUCGACACGCACUUCCACUACGACAUCGUGUACAAGCCUGGCCAUAAAAACAAGGCAGACGCUCUAAGCCGGCCUGCACACGUCACCGCUAUCCAGGAUGAGGGGAUGAAUCCACUACUCAAGGGACUCUUCACACAUGGUGUAACGGGGUCGUACUCUCACAUGACCGGUAUUGCAAAACACUACUACUGGCCCCACUUGGCAGACGAUCUUCAGAAAUUCGUCACGUCUUGUGAUACGUGCCAACAGAUGAAGAGCAGCAAACAGAAGAAGGCGGGACUACUGCAGCCUCUUCCUGUCCUAGAACAACCAUGGCAAGUGGUUAGCCUGGAUUUCAUCACCGGGUUACCACCUACCACCACUGGGCAUGACGCGAUUCUCAUCGUCAUCGACAAGUUCUCCAAAACGGGACACUUCAUCCCGACACACAUGACAGCACGCACCGAGGAGACAGCACAACUCUUCGUACGCUACAUCAUCUUACAACAUGGCAUCCCAACCACUCUCAUCUCCGACCGAGACCCCAAGUUCACCAGCAAAUUCUGGAAGGAACUAAUGUCUCUGCUCGGGACCAAACUCGCCAUGUCGUCCGCUUACCAUCCGCAGACAGACGGACAGACCGAGCGCCUCAACCAGAUUGUUGAGCAGCUCCUCCAUGCAGCCUGCAAGGACGAGAUCUCCAAAUGGGACUUGCACCUGCCCAUACUAGAGUUCACUUACAACAACGCUACACAUGCCACUACCAGACAGACGCCGUUCUUCCUCUGCUACGGACGCCACCCACCCACACCACAGAAAACGACAAUAUCAGCAACAGUCCAACUUGCACACGACUUCAUCACAACCAUGCAUCAGCUUUGGGAUCGGACCCACAAGCGCCUCCUUGACAUCCAGCAGCAACAGAAGCGCCAGGCCGAUCGCCAUCGCAACGACCACACCAUCACAGUGGGAGACCAAGUGCUUCUCGACACCCGUAACCUGGACAUCAACCACCUCCCAUCUAAACUCCAACCUCGCUUCUGCGGACCUUUUCUCGUUGAAGCACAGGUCACUCCUGUUACCUUCCGCUUACGCCUGCCAGCUACCUGGAAGAUUCACAACGCCUUCCAUGUCCAACUUCUGAAGCCCUAUCAGGAUCCGAACACGAUCUUCGUCGGACGCCAACCGCCGCCGCCGCCACCCGUCCUCGUCCAGAAUGAACCCGAGUACGAGGUCGAGUCCGUGCUUGCACACCGACGUCGUCGGAAUGGCACCGUGGAGCUUUUUAUUUGUUGGAAAGGUUAUGAUCCUUCCGAGGACAGCUGGGUACCUGAGUCCGACAUGGGUAACGCCCGUCGUUCUCUGCAUGACUACCUUCGGAACCAGCCAUCCCGUUUCGAAUCCGGCGCCGCGGUUCACAAGCCCGACUCGCUCGCCGCGGCGCUGCUCGACCCGACGACGAAUCUCGGCAGCCGCAUCCGGCGCUCUGGCCUGUCGAGCUUCACUCCCGCGGAGCAACAGCUGCUGCUGUCCGCGCUCCAGCAGGAGGUGCAGGGCUCGCUCUUCCCCCCCGCGCCGUCCCUCGUGGGGGGACGCGGCGUCGGAGGCUCCCCGCGCGGCUCUCCCGGCGGGGACUCCCUCGGGGGGAGGCCCCGCCGAAGCACUCACCGGAAAUCCGCGUCGUUUUCCGCCGCCGUCGCCGCGGGGUAUCCGCGCAGCCGCAGCUAUCCGUCGGAGGGGGACGAGACCGGCGCGCGCACGCCACACCAACAUCUGGUUUCCAGCGGAGGCCGGCACAAUUCCGAGCCUGACGUGGCCGCAAUGAUGGAAACUGGCGGUGACGGCGGCGCUGGCGCUGGCGGCAGGCAGCACUCCCCCGGACUACGCUCCAGGCGGGGCCUUCCGGACCUGCACCAGGUUCGGGGCGGCGCCGGAGCAACCGGCGCAGCGACCGGACCAGGCGGCCUCCCCAUCCGCCCCAGCCCCAGCGGCAAGCGUGACGCAGAGGGGAAUCUCCUCGCGACCACAACCCCCGGGCCCUGCGGAACCCACCUCCCGCGGGGAGCCUUGGCGCGGGGCGUUGGGGGAGGCGGAAGCGGAGGCGCGGGGCUGGGGGAAGGCGGGAUCCACCUGUCGCUCUCCCCGGAGGCGGUUUUGGCGGUGGAGCUGUCGAAAAUGGGCGUGUCGCCCGCAGUGAUUGUCGCUGCGACUGGCGCGGACCUGACUGGGCAAUUCAUGGGGGCAGGAUUGAUGGAUGGUGGCGCUCAGUGGGGGGGAAUGAACGCCAGCCUGACCGGAGGCCUUAUGGGGGCUGAGGGCAGCAAGAGGCACGCGGGUGCAGGAUCCAGGGGGGCCUACCGCGGGAUGGAUAGUCCCCCGAAGGGAAGUUCCAGAAGCGGCAGCGGAAUGAGCGGCCAGCAGCAGCAGCAGCAGCAGCAGCAGCAGCAGAACCAGAACUCUGGGUCUGGAUUCUCAGUGGAUGCUGAGGGGGAAGAAGCAGGCGAGGGUAAGAAUGACCACAGCAAUGACGGGCCCCUGGUAUUCAAAACCGGAGGAGGAGGAGGAGAGUGUGGGAGCCCCCGUGCAGGCAACGCUGCUGGUAACUGUAACACCAACCUCGGUUACUCCACCAAGCCCCGGAGUGUAGCUGAGAGGCUGCGGCGGGAGAAGAUCACCGUGCGGCUGCAAACGCUCAAGGAGGUGCUGCCUAAGAUGGACGCCAAGACGGACACGUCAGCGAUGCUGGAAGACGCGGUGGUGUACAUCCAGUCCCUGCAGGCGCGGUGUAAAGCGCUGGAGAGGCAGAACGGCGCGCUCACGCAGCAAUUGAAGGACUAUGGCGUGACUCCCGUAGUAAACCACCACUCGUUCAUGCUAUGAGUUGGAGCCAUGCGGCCGCCCUCAGUGCCAGUGACAGGCGCGGAACAGAGUAGCACCCACAGCACAGCACAGCACAGCACCCCCGGUGGUGUAACUAUGUUUUCCCAGCUCAGCCUGGGAAUAAAAGGACAUCGGGAAAUUUGUACAUUCAGGCAACUUUGUUCAAUAACUGCUGUCUCCUUGU